UUCAACCAUCUAUACUUGUUCCAUCAGCCCCAAAAUCUCUAUCAAGAUGAUGAAAAUAACUCUUUUCGCUUUAGCCGCUUUUGCGCUAGCUUGCGCGUUGCCCCAAGACCCGUCGCAGGCGCAAGGGCAGCCUCCUGUACAAAUUGUCAAGCAAGACUCUGAAGUCGAUGUUAAUGGAUAUAACUUUGAGUUUGAGACCAGUGAUGGAACAUCGAGACAAGAGCAAGGAGAAUACAAGAACGACACCGACCAGCAAGGUUUAUCAGUGAAGGGAAGUUACAAAUACGUCGCUCCCGAUGGCCAGCAAAUAUCCGUGACUUUCAUAGCUGACAAAAAUGGAUACCAACCUUCCGAAACUACCGGGGACAAUCAACCUGCCGCUCCAGCUCAAGCUUAAUUUGCUCUGAUAGUUUUAACUGCUGAAUACCAAAUAUUAUAUAUUUCGAUAACGCCAACCAUCAUAAAUCGGUAAAGUUAGGCCAAACCUACGCGACCAGCUCAUACUCACGAUGGCGAGCAAACAAUCACAGAAGUCUUAAUUGCGCGCCACCUCGGAUGCGGAUUGGGUGAUUUGGUAUAGCCCCUGCUUUAAAUCCUAAUUCUUAUUUCAAACAGUGACUUUGUUUUCUGUAACCACGCCUGAAAAGUACUUUUGACCA